AUGUUCAUGAAGUUCAAGGCAACUUGCGGUUAUGGUGGCACUUGUCACAUCACACUAGUGGUGGGCGGCGGUGAUCCAUCUUGGAAGGUGGAUGGCGGAAGACAACAUAAUGGUCCCCAGAGAAGCAGGGCUGUAGGCAGCCCAAGGAGGGAGAAGUUGCACGACUUCUGUCCAACACAUGUGUCAGGCGGACAUUCACUCUGGGUAGCAGGUCUGCUGCCCAACCCAAACCGACCGAGUUCCGGCGCAAAGCCAGCACUGAUAAUAUUCCAAGGGUUUCUUACCCUUGAGGAAGAAGCAAAAGUGGGUGUGGAAGAAGCUGCUGGUUCUCUCCUCUUGCCCGGGGCCCAAAAAGGGGUGGAUGGAAUGCCAACCUUCAACUUGAAGAGACUGUGUCCCCACCACAUCUUGUGUCUCUGUGUUGUAGUGUGCAAUCGGUGUGCUAUAUUUAGCUGUGUGCGCGCGCAGGUCGUGUCCCCUCUAGAUCUUGUGUCUCCACUGGCUAUGGCCAAUGUAACCAAAGACCCCCUUUACAACGCAGUAAGGAAAGAUGAUGGAAAAAGACAGACUGUUAGGGCUCAAGAACUUGUGUGUCGAGCGAGGGUUGAAAUGCCAGAAGGUGGAGCUGGCAUCCCGGAACUUGAAAAAUUUCAGGGGUUUUUGAGGGACUACAAAAUUGUUGUUUCAUUUGAAGACCCUAACCACAAAUGCUAUAUGAAACCUGACACGAGAAAGCCCAAGUCAAAAGAUUUUCUGUUUAUUUUCUUCGACUUGGAAACCCGCCAAGAUGAGUCUCUGCCCUCAAAUACUGAUGCUAAGGUCCAUAAAGUAAACUUGUGUGUGUCACAACAGUUUUGCUAUCAGUGUAUUGAGGCCAAAUUUUGUAUGGCUUGUAAAAAUCGAACAAGAGUCUUUAAAUCAGAACCAGUCACUCAGUUCAUGGACUAUGUGAUGCAAGUCCGUAAAAAUUUCAAAGAUGUCUGUGUCAUUGCACACAAUGGGCAGGGCUUUGAUUUUCAAUUUUUGUUAAAGUAUGUGCUGGAGGAUACAAAGUUCACUCCGAAACUUGUAAUGCGGGGAACUAAGGUAAUUUUGAUGGAGAUUGACAAUGUGAGGUUUGUUGAUUCACUUAGUUAUUUCCCCAUGUCUCUAGCUGCACUGCCCAAGGCCUUUGACCUGCCCCCGGAAAAGAAGAAAGGCUAUUUCCCCCACCUUUUCAACACCCUUGAGAAUCAAAACUAUGUGGGCCCUAUGCCGGCAAAGAAGUUUUACUGUCCAGAAUCUAUGUUUGAAAAAUCACACAAAGAUUUUGAAAACUGGUAUAAUGAUCAGGUUUCAAACAAUGUUACGUUUGACUUUAAGAAAGAAAUCCUAGAGUAUUGUGUAUCAGAUGUUGAUAUCUUAGCUCAAGCUUGUUUAAAGUUCCGUUCAAUUUUUCUGCAAGAGUGUAAUGUUGAUCCCUUUCUCGAGGCUGUAACCAUUGCCAGCGCAUGCAAUUUAGCUUUUCGCAGGAACUUUUUGAAGAAAAAUACUAUCGGCAUCGUUCCUAAAAACGGCUAUAGGCUUACAGACGCCCAAUCGGCAAUUGCGUUACAGUGGCUAUCGUGGGAAGAGGAGAAACGUGGAAUUAGAAUUGAACAUGCUGGUCGUGGGAAAGAAGUUAAGAUCAAUGGAAUGAAGGUUGAUGGGUAUGAUGGUAAAAAUAUUUACGAAUUUCAAGGCUGCUACUGGCAUGGCUGUCCCAAAUGCUUUCCCUAUGACCGUGAACUUGCUUUGAAAGAGGACCCCUCUGACUCACUCCAUUUGCGGUAUGAACGGACCAAAUCGAAAAUAGCAAAGUUGGGUGAUAACGUUGUACAAAUGUGGGAAUGUGAGUUUAGAAAGUUAAAAAAGAUAGAAAACAUGAAACAUUUAGACAAGUUGCCGAUCCUCAACAAUUUACCUCUGAACCCGAGGCAAGCAUUUUUUGGGGGUCGAACCGGUAAUGCCAAAACGUAUCACAAAUGUGCUGAAGGGGAAACUAUUGAAUACGUGGAUGUAUGCUCCCUCUAUCCCUGGGUAUGUAAAUAUGGCAAGUACCCUGUAGGCCAUCCGACAAUCUAUGUAGGUGAUAGAGAGUGUAGACAGAGAGGUCUUAAUGUUGAAGGCCUAUUAAAGUGUAAAGUACUCCCACCACGCGAUCUUUACCAUCCUGUGCUCCCGGCUAAAAUGAAUGACAAGUUAAUGUUUGUUUUGUGUGCGACUUGUGGAGAUGGUCAGAUUCAAAGUGAUUGCGACCACGAAAGUGGUGACAGAGCACUUAUUGGGACCUGGACCAUGGACGAGAUUCGUAAAGCCGUAGAAAAGGGUUAUGUUGUACUCGACAUGUAUGAACUUUGGGAGUAUAAGGUAGCCACAUAUGAAAAUGGGGGAUUGUUCACUGACUUUAUAAAUAAAUUUUUAAAAAUGAAACAGGAAGCAUCCGGGUUUCCAGGCUGGUGUGAAACAGAGGAGGACAAAAACAAGUACAUUGAGGAUUAUUUUCAAAAAGAGGGCGUCCAAUUGGAAAAAGACAAAAUUGUAAAAAAUGGUGGUUUGAGGUCGUUGGCUAAACUGAUGUUGAACUCGUUUUGGGGAAAAUUUGGACAGCGUGAAAAUCAGACCAAAGCUACAAUUGUCAGGGACCCAAAAACACUUUUCAAAAUGUUAACCAGUCCUGAAAUUGAUGUAAAUAGAGUACAGAUUGUCAAUGAUGAGGUUCUUGUUGUCAGCUGGGAGUACAUUGAUGAGGUUGGUGAGCCAUUGCAAAAUGUUAAUGUCGUGGUGGCUGCUUACACCACUGCCCAAGCGAGAUUGAAGCUCUAUGAGCAUCUAGAUGCCUUGGGUGGUCAAGUGUUGUAUUAUGAUACUGAUUCUGUAUUCACGUCUAUACAAUUGGACCAGAUUGAGAAGAUGUUCCUGUCCACAAUCCUUGAUCCCAUCUUUGAGAAGGUGGUAAGAAAAAUUUUGGGGAACGGAGACGGCAACUAG